UGUUCCCUCACUGUGUGAGCAAGGCAGAACAAGUCACCCUGGGCCUGAGCAGCGUCCCUUUGGGAAGGACAGGGACCAGGCACGGUGCUGGUGGGGAGCAGAGGGAGGGGAGGGAUGCUGCUCGUGGCCCGCGCAUGAUCCCGCAGCUGCCAGCACUGCCUGGCCGGGCUGGCCGGCCCCGGGGCUGGGUGGCACGGCCAAGGGACUGUGAGGGACUACGUGCACUUCCAGCAGGCACCACACACGUGUGGCAGUGCCCAGGCUGCUGAUCCACUGGGCAGAGAGAGAGAGACCAUCCACAGCUCUUUUGCUCCCUGCAAACAUCCCCAAAGUUGCUUCAACCUUUCCCUCCUCCAGCACCAGACCCAAGCCCAGCAGAUAUUUCAGGCAGGGAUGGGACGGGCCCUGGGCAGAGCAGUGAGUGCUUUGCAGGUGGCUGAUGGAAUCGUUCCCUUUCCAGCCUGUCUUGGCUCGGCCAUGGGCUGCGGUCUCCUGAUGUGACUCAGCAGAGGAGGCUCCCAGACCCUGUCUAGCUGCUGGCUCCUGCAGGCUCAGAGCUUCUCAGUACAUCAGCAGGCAGAGGGACACUCAGAGAGCUUUCUUUCCUUAUUUAUUUUCUAUCUUUUUUUCUUUAUUUUCCUUCCUUAUUUUCUUUCCCUCCUGUUUGCUUAGCACGCACAGUGCCAGCCUGGCUCGGAUUGCCCGCAGCCAUUAACCACUCGACCAAAAUGCUGAUGGAUGAACCCGCCCAGGGAGAGCAGCCUCGCUGUGUUAAUGACGGGCUGGAGCCGUGCAUCCUGCUGCCUCCUCCUUCCCUGCUCCCUGCCUGUGCAAAGUGGGAUCUGCUGGGCUAGCUGUGUGUCUCAGCCUCCCUCCUGCUUCCAUUUCCUGCCAGGCUGGUAAAAUAGCUAAAAUUGAAGCCUCUCUGCCCCUCUCUGCAGUUCAUUGUAGCAUCAUGCUCAGGGCUAGAGAAUGAACCAGUGGCAGAGCAAGGAAAGGAGCCCGGGAGUCCUCGUUUCCCUUAACUGCUGGUAGUGGUUCCCCUUGUCUCUGCUGGCUCCCAUCAUUGAAAAAAAAAACCCUUAAUUAGUCUGUCAUUGUCUGUUCUCAUCCCCAUCCCCAGCUCGUUAAUGGAUGAGGCAGUGCUGUCAAAGCAAUCCCCUAAUGAAAAGCUGCUGGGUGGGAACGGCAGCAACGCUGGGGCUGUGGAGCGUGGUUCUUGUGAGAAACGGUCAGAAACUUCAACUCUCUAAUGAGCCAUUCUGUCCUGGAAGUGGCAGGUGGCAGGGGCCGGGCAGGGUUUUCAGGGUUGGACCAGAGCCACUGCCGAGAUGCCAUCCUGGCCAAAACCUUCUGGAGAUGGGGAGGGUGAGUGGGCAGUACCAGGGCACGGCAGCCUGGCUGGUUUGCCAAGGGUUAAUUGCAGCUGAGGGCUUCAAACAGAGCAGGGGCAAGUGGGUGGCAGUGGGGAGAAGGGGACACAAACCCUGCCUGAGCAGGGCAGCCUGUGGGGCUGUCACCUGGAUAGCAGAGGCACAAAGGCUUCAUCUGUCUCUCCUGCCAAGCUCCUGGUGCUUUUCCCCUGUGCCUCCCACCCCAAUCUGUGCCCCCCCUGCAGGCUCCUGGUGCCUCUGGACACACCAGGCAGCACAAAGCACCCAGCUCCCACCAGGAGCCCUCUUUAUAUUUAAAAAGUCAUCAUUUCCUCCUCUAAUACCUCCUGCUUGCCCUCCCUGUGCCGGAGGGGACAGGGUGUCUAAUUAAGUCUGGCUGUAAUUGGCAGCUGUUCAGGCUGUGUCUGCCCUGCCAGCGGGCUGGGACAGGAGCUCCAGUGUCCCACAGAGCACUGGGGAGCGAUGUGGUGAUGUGCUACCCCUGUCACAGCCUUGGCAGGAGCCCUGCCAGGGAAUGCAGGCUCCCCACCCAGAUCCCUGACCGCUCAGAUGUGCCCAGCUCUCACCUCAAGCAGUCUGUGCCAGGGACAAAUGCAUCAUCUCUUGCAGUGACUGGAAACUGGGCAGUGAGACAGGACGUGUGUCACCCUCCAGGGAGCCUGUGCACGUGUUGUGCCCGCCCUGAAUCCCAGCCACGGGGCUCUGCUGGGAUGUGCUGUGGGGCACGGUGGCAUUGGGGUCUGCCUUGUGUUCCCCACAUGGGCUGAGGAGGUUGGGCUGCUGCCCAGGCCCCUGUGGGCUGGGUGAAGCCUUGGGAGCUGUGCCAGAGCCAGAAAACUGCUGGAGCAGAGGCCACGAGGACUCUUUGCCUCCUGAAAUGCCCACUUGUGUGAAGGGUUGCCAGGUGAGGGCCAGCUCUGGCUGCCACUGCUCCCAAGGAUGGCAUCCAGCUCACCUGGGCAGCGAGGGAGGGCCUGGUGUGUGGUGUUUGCUUUCCAGAGGCUGUAGCAAAAAGGAAAGAGCUGGCUGGAUGUGAUCCUGGGGGAGCCAGGAUCCCAGGGAGCCUGGGAUGUGAUGGAGCCUGCAGGGAUGGGUGCUCUGAGCUGGGCUCCUCACCCUGCCGUGGGACACACCAGUGUUCUCCUCACCACCCCGGCACUGCCUCAUCCUCUUUAAGGGCUGGAUGUUCCCGGAGCUUCAGAAAUGCUCUGCCUGCUCUGUGGCUUGUCCUUGCUCACAGCAGUGACAGGGGAAGUGGCAGGAGCAGAUUCUCCCACACUUUGGGGGCUCAGACCUGCAAAAGGCCAUUUCCACAUGAAGAACAUCCUAUCCAGGCACCCCAGAGCUGGCAGGACCCUCACCAGGGCUGGAAAACUGCUCUGGUUGUGCAGCUGCUCCUCUGGCCAGCGGGAGGAUGGAGAGCCCCAGCAGUGGGUGAAGGGGAGCUGCUGACAGAGCAGCUGCUUUGCUCUGCUCAACUCUGCCCAACAUUAUUAUUAUUUAGUCUUUUUUUAAAAGGUUUCUUCUUCCCCCUUUUCUUCUAGAUUUUCUCUUUCUGGCUGACUCUCUGUCUGCUUUCUUUCCCUCUUGCAAUGUCUUGCAUCAGGCUUGGAGCAGAGAGUGCAGCCAUAAAUGGCAACACACAGGGCCCAGGAGUUUAAUCCAAGAUAAUUUUCUCUCCUCUUGCUUUGCAGCCUGGGAUCUUCCCUUUUCCUGAAGCUGGAACAGGGCACUUAUUUGUCCCCAACCUGUCCCUAAGUGCCAGGGCUGUCCCUGAAGAAAGGGUGAGGGACACACCACCCCCAAAGUCUCCUCUUUUCCUUUCUGAGAAAACAAACCAUUGCUCAGAGGUGUUUGCACCGGGGAUGGAGGAAGUGGGGAGGAAAUGGCCAGAAAUGAGCUGAAAACCAGAUGAUGCUGUAGUGGGAAGCCUGGCUCCCAUCUCCCGUGGGCUGGGAGAGGGUUCAGUGCUGGCAGAGCCUUGAGGGGGCAUUUUGGGGUCACAAUGUCAAGCUCCUCUCUUUGAGCCACCCUCCCCUGGAGACUCAGGGUUGUCCACGGUCAGUGCUGGCUGUGUCCCAAACGUCCCUGGAGCCUUGUCCUGGCUCUGCUGUGGCCCAAACCCUGCUCCAGAGUCAGCCUCAUGCGUGGGCGUCUCGCUCGUGGCCAUGGAGCUAAAGGGCAGCAGCACGUUUGUGAUGAUCCAACAAAUGCUCUGCAGCCAGGAGCUGCCAGCGCCGGGGCAGAUGGAUCCUGCCUUGUUAUUUAAGGUGGAUGGCUUGCUGGAUUUUAACCCUGCCCUUCCCGGAGCCCCGGCCAAGCUGUGCCCAGGUAUGAUUCAGAUGUGCCGGGGCACGGAUGCGUUCCCAGCCCCGCGUGGCCCCGGGGCCAGGCAGCUGUCGCCAAGCGCGUCCCCUCGGCUCGGCAAUGACAUCUUUGUUUGCCGCAGCAGCUGGUCGGAGCGGCCCGUGUCAAGUCUCCUCCAGAUGCUCCUGGAUAAUGACAUGCACGCCUCCCUGCAGUGCUGCCUUUUUUUUUUUUCUUUUUUUUUCUUUUUUUUUCCUGCUGGGAGGCUUUCGUGGCCGGUGUGCACCGGAGAGAUGCUGAUUUGUGAGCUGUUGGACAGAGCACCCAGGUCAUUUAUUCUCCGGUUGUUUCUCCCUCACUCCCAGCUGCUCAAAACUCCCUGCAUUCUCCCUGGGCUGUGCUUCCUACAGAAGAGCAGUGCCUGGGGUGCCCCGGUGUCCUCUUUGCUGCCCAAAUCUCCCAGUGCUGUCCCAACGCCUGCCCCCUCCCCACUUUGGCUGCAGGAUGCCAGGACAGCAGCACCCACUGGCCAUGGCAGGGCUGAGAGCUCUGAAAUUCGGGGCUGCUCCAGGCACAGAGGGCUCUCCCCUCCUCUGGCUCACGGGGGCUGUAGGUACAGCCAGGCUCGAGGUGGGGCUUUGUCCCUGCUGGCAUUUCCAGCCCAGAGGCUGCUCCCAGCCCAACGCUGGUAUUUCACUGCAAGGCCAAGGGACACGGUGUCCCUGCUCCCUGCCCACGCAGAUCCUCCUCCACAGCCCUCCAGGCAGAGCAGGGAAAUCUUCAUCUGUGAAGGUUUUGGACAGGGAAAGCUGGCUCUGCACAGGGCUCGAGGUUAUCACAGCUGCUGUGGGGCUGAGAGGGCUGGGAAGCCCCAGCCCCAGGACUGCAGGAUGGCAUGGGGAGGUUUCCAGGGGGUAUUUACUGGAUGGAUGCAGAGCAUUAACAACCCGAGCAUGUCCUCUCCCUUCCUGCUCCUCCUGAGCUGCUGCAUCAGCAUCCCGGGAAGCUGCCUGAGCCCUGCCAGGACACACAGGCAGCCCAGCCUGGCAGAGCCCGUCCCCCUCACUCCUUGCACUGGUCCCAUCCCACGGGCUGGGGCUGCCACAGAGAGCAGCUGGUCAGCUCCAAACCCCGGCUGCAGGGCUGGGCACUGGAGGGCUCUGGGGUUCCUCAUUCCAGCAGCCAUGUCACGGCUUGGCACAUGGAUCAGAGGCAGCACAGGCUCGGGCAUGGGGCAAGAUACCACCAUUGGGUGCCUCGCCUGGAUCCAGCCUUGGGCACACAGGACAAGCAGAGGACACGAGUGGCCACGCAGCACUUUCCAGCCAUGCAGAGGAGGAAGAGGUGGACUCAGAAAAUGAGAAGUUGGUGGUGAG